CUCUGGGCCUCGGUAGCCUCGAGCUCGCACCACCUCACGCUUCACGCCUCCUCCACAGUCCACACACCGCGCCGCCGCCGUGGACUCGCCGCACCGUCCGCCGCGCCCUGCUCCGUCCUGCUCCGCCGCGCGCAGCCGCCUACACAAACCUCGCUCCGCCCCAAAUCCAGUAGGAGAAGAAGAAGAAGGGGGGAAUCCAGUAGCGUUUUGACCGGAAGAAGAAAUUGAACAAAACGAGCUCCAACCCUAGGAGGUGCGAGGCGGCGGCGGCGGAGAUGGAGGUGGUGGCGCUCGUCAGCGGCGGCAAGGACAGCUGCUUCGCCAUGAUGCGAUGCCUGGACUAUGGCCACAAGAUUGUUGCGCUGGCCAACCUCAUCCCCGAAGAUGACGCCGUCGACGAGCUCGACAGCUACAUGUAUCAAACUGCUUCAGGUUGGGCACCAGAUUGUCGUGAGUUAUGCGAAAUGCAUGGGCUUGCCUCUGUUCCGGAGGCGCAUCCGUGGAUCCUCAAGGGAGCAGGGUCUUAAAUAUAAUGUUACCACAGGCGAUGAAGUGGAGGAUAUGUUUGCGCUCUUGAGCGAGGUUAAAAGGCAAAUCCCAUCCAUCACUGCAGUGUCUUCAGGCGCCAUUGCGUCUGAUUAUCAGAGGCUUCGUGUUGAGAGUGUCUGCUCAAGGUUGGGCCUGGUAUCGCUGGCGUAUUUGUGGAAGCAGGAUCAGACUUUGCUUCUUGAUGAAAUGAUAAGAAGGGGCAUAGUAGCUAUAAUCGUCAAGGUUGCCGCAAUGGGGCUCAAACCUUCUGCUCACUUAGGGAAAGAACUGGCUGAACUUAAGUGUCAUCUGCUCCAACUGAAUGAGAGUUAUGGAAUCAAUGUCUGUGGUGAAGGUGGCGAAUAUGAAACACUAACUCUUGACUGCCCUCUAUUCCGUAAUGCAAGAAUUGUUCUUGAUGAUUUUGAAGUUAUACUCCACUCGCCUGAUUCCAUCGCUCCAGUAGGAAUUCUUCACCCGUUAAAAUUUCAUCUUGAACACAAGCCAAAUUCUUUUGGCACCGUUGGUGAUAGUGCUAUUGCCCAAGAGAAUUCUAGUUAUUUGUAUGAAGUAGAUGGAGCUAUUGCACACAGUGAUGUCGAAAAGAAACAAGAGACCUUGAGUCCAGUUACAACUGUUGAUGCUUGCACAAAUAUAGACCUAUGCAUCUCAAAGACUGGCAAAAAGUUGUUCUCCAUUGGUUGUUGGAUUCAGGAUCCCUGUGGUACUUCAGAAGGCCUGAAGACAGAUCUAGUAGCAGUUUUGAGCAGAAUCGAGAAUCAGCUCAAGGAAGAAGGGUUAGGUUGGAUGAAUGUUCUGUAUGUUCACCUCUUCAUUUCAAGCAUGAAGGAAUUUGGAUUGGCCAAUGAAGUUUAUGUGAGCUUUAUUACUGAACAAAAAUGCCCUCUGGGUGUUCCUUCACGUAGUACAGUUGAAUUGCCACUAGUUCAGGUUGGUUUAGGCCAUGCAUAUGUGGAAGUUCUAGUUACAAAGGAGCAAGUCAAGAGAGUUCUACAUGUACAAAGCAUUUCAUGCUGGGCUCCUAGUUGCAUCGGACCUUAUAGCCAGGCAACACUUCAUGGAGAGAUUCUCUAUAUGGCUGGUCAGCUGGGGCUUGAUCCCCCUACGAUGAAGCUCUGUCCUGGGGGCCCAACGGCUGAACUAGAAUUCGCAUUACGAAACAGUGAAGCUGUUGCUAAUGCCUUUGGUUGCUCCAUUUUUUCUUCGGCAAUACACUUUCUGGUGUACUGUUCUGCACACUUGACGUCCAGUGAAAAAGAACAAGUUGAACAUACACUUCGUAGUUCGUACAUCACCAGUUUGGAUUGCUCAAAUACCGGAUCAUAUCCCACCAUUCUCUAUGUAUUUGCAUCAGAUCUUCCAAAAGGAGCAUACGUGGAGAUAAAACCAAUAUUGUAUGUCCCCAGUCCCACUAAUGAUGAUGGAGUCCCAACCAGAGAACAGGAGGCUGGAGGGUCAUUGCCAGCAUCAAGCGAAGCUUUUAGUGCCUGGAGCGCACAAUACUCUGACCUGGAUGAUUCAUGCUGCCAGGUGCACACAAUCGGUGGGAAAAUUUGCUCUGCUGUUGUUUCAGUCACAAAUGAUAUUGCAUUGAAAAUCUGUUCUACAACUGAACAACUAUACCACUCGGAGGAGCAUUUGAAAGCUUUGGCUAGAUUUUGUGCAUUCCAGCUUGCUAAGAUUCUGAUAGAUAAUGGCUUUUCCUGGGACAACCUAACGAUGUUAAGAUUCUACUAUUCAGUAGAGCACCCAGUGACUGCGGAUGUGAUGUCCCGUGUAUUUUCUGAGGCAUUCGCCGAGCUUGAAGAAGGUGGUGUUGGUUCCUGCACACCUGAUGGGGUUCCUAUUUUCAACAUCGUGCCAGUGUCGGCAUCUGGUUGCUUCACAUCGUUAAGCGACAUUAUAUCAUGCGAGCUAUUAGCUUCGAAAGUUUAAGACAAGAACUUGGCUUGCGCAUGUACGUGCAUGAUUUGUUUGGUACUCGCUGAAAUGCAGUUCGUUUCUUUGGCCUUUUGGGAGGUUGGAGCCUUAGCAUCUCCAGUCUAAGCCAGAACUUGGCUUGCACAUGCAUUAGGUAAACAAUUGCGAUAGAGUUAGCAGCGACAUUUUUCUGUGGGUUUUAUCAUAUGAUACUACACUAUAUGAUAGUACAUACUAUAAACAUUGGGCCUGAUUAGCGGUCCUGAAGCUUGCAUUGACAAUUUCGUACUGA